AUGGCACACAUCGUGAAUACGAUCGUACCCCAAGCACCCCCAACCGGUCCCAACGCAGAAGGGUCUAUCGAAUUGCUGGAUGAACAACUGGCAUCAAUUCUCAAGGACGUCGACGUCCGAGCGCGGGCGAACGCGUUAGAUGCCCCAAAUUCUGCGGCAGUACAUAUCGUGAUGAAAGUCCACGCGUUCGAUACAAUCAUAUGUCGACUUGACGAACAUUUGCUCGAAUUCGCGGCGGCAGAACUUGUGAGUGAGCUUGCCGAGCUGGGUCGAAGACACGCUGAAUUACGACAUACGCGAAGUUGUGUCGCGAUAGGUUUCGGUGACGCAGAGCUUCGAGCUACUUUCGAUGCGCUACGAUCGUCUAUCGAGACACUUCGCCAUGCCGUUGAGAACGACGACUUCGAAGCUGUAUUCACCACUUUGAAUGGUGGGAAGGAGAUCAUUGAUUCUCACUUACGAUGGUGUCGGGAUCAAUGUGAAUUGUUCAAGAGCGCCGAGGACGAGCACCCCGAUUUCCUCGAGGACGAGCCUCCACUGACGACCAAGUUUUUCAAGGCGACAGUCAAGGUGAUACAAUCCCAUGAAAAGCAACUGUCUAAAUUCAAAUCGGAGUGUAUUCGUAACUGGCCCCCGCUUUUCAAGAACUUUGGCCGCGUCAAGUACAUACAAGGCUUUGCUGAGCAACUUCAGAAUCAACUCCAUCUCGAUCUCAAUGAAAGCACGCCGGAGGAGGCCAAGGCUGUUUUCGAUCAGGUGUUGGCCUUCACAGAUGGCUUCGCGGUUUGGUGCGGCGAUUUAGUGGCACAGGUCGAAGGCUCAGAUGUCUUCAUCUUGUUUGAGCCAAUCGCCCGCGCGAUGAUGGAAAGCUUGAAAGCCAUCAGAACAGACGCUGAGUCGCAAAGUGCACUCGCGAGGCAAGCAUUGAGUAUGAUAGAUUAUGCGGUGACGCAACGGGCGUUGGCCGCAACGACGCGAUCGGGCUUGCAGACAGCACUCGCAGAUGGUACGUCUGCGCUUGAAGACCAGCUCGCCGCAGAAAUUGCACACAUGGACGCUGCGAAGAUUUCUCGAGAGACUACUUUCGAGACCGACAAGAUGCGCAUCGAGGAAGCUUUGACUACAUCAGAGCAAGAGUCGGACGGUAGGCGAGCGGUUUUAGAGGAUGACAUUCGAUCGCAACAGGACACUAUCGCGCGGCUACAAAACUUGAAACGGGAAGAGGCCGCGGCAUCGAGCUCUAUAAACCCGUUGAAAUGGGAGCGUUUCAGUCGAAGCACUGAGCUCGCCGAAGCUGUAAGUGCACUCCGUAUGAGCAAACAAAACUUGAAGAAUGAAGAGCUUGCAAAUGAGAAGGCCCGCGGGGAUGCCCGUAAGGCUGUUCAUUCGUUGGAACGGGGCCUGAAAAAGGACCUGGUCGAAUGUGACGUCCGAGCAAAAAAAAUCCGAGACGAUGUGGCAAAGGAGCUGAAGAAACAAACUCUGGAUGCUCAGAGGAAGACACCCGAAGACGCUAAAGCCCAUAAGGCUAGUCUGGCUUCCAGGCGCGCGGUGUUCCAGCAACAACGCGCCGCCGCCAAACUCAUCGCGAGCGAAAGUAGAGAAGCUACGCGAAUCCAAGCACAGCUUGCAUACUACAUGCGAAAUUUAAAGGCGCGCGAAUCGUGAUAUAGCGGUCGUCUACGAGGAAUACACGCAUAGUCUAAACAUGACCAUCCUGUUGGAGAAGGAGCUGAGUUUCCGCUUCGUUACGGAUGAGAUUGUCGCGAGGAGAUGAGCCUUCAAAUUCGGGGCGAUGGCUCACAAAUCAGGCAAGGGAAGACAGGUGCACGUGCAAACUCUCAGCGGAAAGAGUUCAUCGUCUCGAAGAUCUCGGUGUUUGGUGAGACAAACUCGACACACAGCAGGAGCACUUCACUGCCUGAGUGUACAGAAGAUGUAACUAGCCUGAAGCGUUCGACCGUUGAGACCUCAAGUUUUGGUGCCCUCGCUUAAGAUUUCUUCAGAAUAGAAUCUCUGAAAGCAAGGGAUGCUCAAAGCAGCAAAAAUGACUUCCUACUACGGGCCACACAGGACGCCGAGCC